GGUUGAGCCACACAAGCCAAAGAAGACUGCGAAGAAGAAGAAGAAGAAGGAAGGCAAGGGCGGGACGAGGCCGCUGUUUGCUGCUUCAAGAGUCUUUAUUUCCAUGGCGAGUGCUGAGAACAACGGCAAAGAUGCCCUGGUUGACUGCAGCCCCUGUUCAAACAAAGAAAUCCCAAAGGCAGAUGGCCGUGGUCCCCGCCAGCGGGCUGCUACUGCCGCGGGCAGGCGAGGCCAGAGAGCGAAGGAAAAGCGACGACUUCAGAAGGGCAAGAGACGGGGCCAAGAGGAGAAGGCGGGCGUGACGGUGAAGAAGACAUCGAGUGGCAGCAAGCGGCGGUGGGAUAAGAAACAUUACUGCGUGUUCUGUCGGCGCCCGCAAGUGAAGAUCGCUCGCCACCUGCUCAGGAAACACGGCGAUGAGAAGGACGUGAUGGCCGCCGGCGUACUGCCUACGGGCUCCAAAGAGCGCCACCUGCUGCUGGAGCAGCUGCGGUGCCGAGGCAACUACCAGCACAAUAUCGAGGUGAUCAGAGAGGGCAGCGGGGAGAUCGUCCCGUGGCGUCGGCCCUCACAGGAAGUUGAUGCCAGGAACUACCUUCCGUGCCCGGGCUGCCUCGGCUUCUUCCUGCGUGCUGACCUCUGGAAGCACCAGGCCUCUUGUCGUAGGAAAAUGGCCUCCGAUCCCGCUAAAGAUUCGAGUCACCCUACGGCGGACCCAUCAAAGGACUCCUCGUCUGAUCCAACAAGCGAGGGCGGCGCUAACUCCCCAGAAGACCCUGCUCCUCCUCCUUCCGGUGAGACCUCGAGAUCGAAGCAGCUCGGGGCUUCUGAUGCGGAACCUCCCAGGAAGCGCCGCAGAGUCCAGGCUGCCGCGUCCCGCCUGCUUCCCAUUUCCAGCGGAGCCUCAGAGAGCUGCAGCGAGGUCCUUCACCGCAUGAACCGGGACCACGUCUCACACCAGGUGAAAUCUGACUGGUUGAUCUGUAAGUAUGGGAACACACUGAUGGGGAACCAAGACGGCAGCCAAAUGAGGUAUGACUACGUCAGUCAGAAGCUGAGGAAGCUUGGCAAGCUCCUCCUGGCUGCCAAAUCUUUGGACUCCGGCAUUCAGAACCUCCAUGACCUCUUGGCUCCAGGAUGCCUCAGCCUGGCGCUGGCCGCCGCCAGGAAGGCAUCAGGUUACCGGUGCAGCUGCCUCCCACUGAAGACUUUGCUGAAGGCUGUGUGCGAGAUUGCUAUAGGGGAGAGCCUUCAAAAUGGCGAUGCGGCGACUGCAGCCAGGACCGACGAGUUUUAUCACCUCUUGGGGAGGGACUGGGACAACCUGAGGCUGUCGACCACUAAGCCAGCCGCUGAAGAGGAAAACCUGAGGGAGCAAUCGGUCCAACCGAGAGGUGAAAAAAAGUACCAGGGUGAAGGCCCAGGUGACGAGAACUCUGACCUUCGACCACCGAUGCUGUCAAAGGGCGCAAGCACAACGAUGGAGUCCACACUGCAGCCUGCUGCGACCGCCCCUUCCGCGGCCAAGAAGGUCCAUCGUCGUCCAUGGUCGUCGGCGGAGAAAGAGGCUGUCUGGAGACAGCUGGGAGUCCACGUGUUGGUCCAGACCGUGCCAGGCAAGGAGGUCUGUGAGCGAUGUCUGGACCUGGAGCCUGACCUUAGGGGACGGCACUGGAAAGACAUCAAGAACCAAGUUCACAACCAGAUCCAGAGCCAAAAGAAACAGCAGUUCCAUGCUCAGAUGGAGCUUCUGGAGAACCAGGUUCAACAAGACCUGGCCCGAGACCAAAAGAUGCAACAGCAGAGUCAUAUGAACCUACAGUCCAAAGACCUCGUCCAAAGCCAGUUGGAUCUGGGGCAACAAAUUUCCAAUCACGUCAAACACAAAUGCCAACCUCAAGUGGACGGACAAGACCAGGACUACAAUAAGAAUAAACCGCGGUGUCAGGCUCAAAUGGACCACCAAGACCAUAUGCAGGCACACGAGAAGGAUCAGUACCAUGCCAGACUAGAUUACCAGGAACCUGCUCAGGCCCACAAGAAACACCUUUACCACGUGGAUCGGCAGAACCACAGACUGCAGAUGAGUCUGAAGAGGGACACUUUCACGCUCAGCGAUAACCUCUUGGGACCCGAUGGCCCAGAAGAGUUUGUGGAUAGGGACUCGGCCAUUAGUCCUUAUGAACUUGGAAGAACCACAGGGCCCAACGUGGACCAGAUAUUGUCUGGACGCACAUGGGCAGAUGAAUGUCUCGGGCAGAAUUACGCCGCCAGCAGACCUCGGGCCAAGAACCUCCUCCAGGAGGCACAUUCUGGAUUUAUCCGUUACUGACUCUAUUCAUGACUAGUCUGAUCUCUGUUGAGCUUGUUGGGUUCCACUUAACCAAACCAUGUCCAACUCACAAGGUCGUGAAGCAUUUUUGUGUCACCUUCGCUAUUUGCGGGGGUCUUCUUGACACGAAGAGUGACAAUUUGCAAGUAAGGACCAUUGUUUUUAAUUUCCUAUAGUAGAAGUUUAAAGCACAAACUAUGGUCCAAAAACAUUUAACAUCAUUUCAAACUUACAUACAAUAUUACCCGAAAAAAAAACCCACCUUUCAUAUGAUUUGAUUUUGAAAAAAAAUGCACCAGAAGUGCAAGGACGCUGGGGUUUUAAUUUGCCACUUCAUAACCUGUAAAAAUAUCAAUUAUUACUUUCUUAUAAGCCUAUGUUUUUGACUCACUGAUACCAUUUGAAAGUUUGGCGCGCUUAAUUUUUGUAUUUAUUUUUUUUCCAGUGAAGAUAAAAUUCCAUUUAUCAUAAA